AUGGCAUCAAUGGAUGGAAAUUACAAGGUUUUUGUUAAAAAUAGCGAGUUUGAAUAGACUAAAGAGGUAUAAAAGUAGUUUGAUGAGAAUGAAAUAGACUUUCCUUCAAAAUUAAAUGUCACUGUAAGUAAUAGCGAUCCUUCAAGAUCUUUAAGAACCUCCAAAAAAAUUACUUCUUAUUUACUUAGAAACCUGAAAAAUGAAAAUGCUGAUUAAAUUAAAACAUUCUAGGAGCUUUCAUAAAGAAUAAAUUAAAGUAUUUUAGAAAAUAUUAAAAAUGCUGGCUGCUUUCGCGAUGUUUCAGUAGAAGGAGAAUUUUAAAAUCAAAUAAAUAAAUAUUAAUAUGAUUAACUCGAUUUGAAAUUUAGAUUCACUGAAGAUCCUAUUUUUUCAUGUGAUUAUGGUGUAUCUAUUGAUUAAAAGUAAAGAAAUUUUGGAAUUGUCCUAAUGCCAUAGUUUACUAACAUGCUUGGUUAGUGUGAAUCUAUUGUUUUUCGUAUGAGAAAAUCUUACUUUGACUUUAACAAAGAAUUAAAGCUCUUUUCUUCUUUCACUUUCCCUUACUUUUCUCCUGAAAGUUGUAUAUAAGAAUAUGAAUUUGGUAUGGCUGAUAGGUAGGUUCUAAAUGAUUUAAGGACUAAAAUGUUUAAAUUUAGAGGUAAUUUUUAUUUGAAGAAAGAUCCUAGAUUCAAACUAGCUGUAUCAACUACCUCUCAUCACUACUCUCCUGAUAUUACCGCUACUAAUGUUUUGGCACAUAAUGGAAGUAUUUUCGAUUAAACCAUGCAAACAUACCAAAAUUUAGUUUUUAAGGCAACAUUCACUGAUAAAACCUAAAUUCAAUAGGAAUUUAAUACUUAGUAAAUGACAUAGGUUUCAGCAAAAUUAGGUAUUGGAUCCAAUAUGUCACUAUUUGCAAAAGCCAGAUAUUUGAAUAUGAAACAAAAGCUUCAUCAAAUCUAGAUAGGAGAAACAAAAAUUCCAGCUAUGGCACAAAAUUAAUUUUAAGCAGGUUGUGUCUUUUCUAAAAAUAACCUUCAUUUUAGUGAGAAUUUUACUUUGACUAAUUAGCCAUCUUACAAAAACAUUGAUUUAUAAGACAAAAAUAUCAAUUCUACUAAUUUUGGCAGCAGAUAUUUCCUGACAAACUAAUUUAAAUACUACUUCCUUAAAUUCCCCUUCCUUCAAAAGGUUGACAUCCUCCCUUUCUUACAUCUCUAUACUGCUUUUGUCCCUACUAAUUUAAAUUUAAAUUAAGAAAAUAAACUUUCUUCAUUAAUCAAGCAAAAUGUUAGGCUAUCUGCUGGUAUCGGCUUGACAUACGAAAUAAAUGAAUUCGAUAAAAUAGAUUUUAUCUACAGCUUUGCGGACUUCAUUCCUUAAGAUAAGAAAGAUAAUUUUUGCAAAUUUUAGUUAAAUUUUUAUUGA